UCGAAUACAAAUAUAGCAGUACUUCUCUGACAAUGUGUGCACAUAUUCUGUUUGUUAAAAUUCCCCAGCGGACAAGUUUUGCAUAUGUCUCAAAAGGCUGCCUCUAAUUUUGCUGCUCUAGGCUUCUAUCGAAGGAUUCUUGUUUGUUUUUGUUCGUUAUUUAGCAUUAAUUGAUCAUUCCGCCAUGGUUAUUGUUGCUUGAGGAAUUAAAUUUGCAGUGAAAAAGGGGAAAGAGGAAUCUGCUUUCUUUGCACUUUUUCUGCUUCUUCUGUGCAGUAACUUAGCCAUUGUUUUAUUUAUUUGUUUGUUUAGCUUUUGCAUAGUCUACUUUAUGCUCUGAAGGAAUCAAACUUUGUUGCUUAUUGCUUUUUUGUACUUAAGAUUGGAACUGAUUUUAGGGUUCUUGAAAUUACAGAGCAAUUCAAUUUUGUGGCUUUUGAUUUAGAAAUUGGAAGUUUGGGGGAGGUGUUUUCUUUGGCAUUUGUUUCUUGAGAAUGGAUUCUGAAGGGAUUGGGGAUUGGAACAAACAGAGUGUUCUUGAUUGUCCUAUUUCUUUGAUCUCUUACAAUGUUGAAGAAUUGCCUGUUUGUUCUUGGGACAACAUUGUUUCGGAUAAUCGAAUUCGAAGAUAUGAAAAUCUUGUUCUUCACAAUGAGUUUGCUGUUUCUUCCCAUUUGGAUCAGUAUUUCCCUUCUGAUUCCCGCCUAGCUGAAAAACAUUGUCCGAAUUCGGGUGAUUCGGGUUUCGUAAGCUUGUCUAAUGGAAAGAGGAAAAGAAAGGAUUUCGAAGAAACGUGGAAGGAUCCAAUUGGAGACGACCUUAAAGAAGUCGGCGAAAUGAAAGUCCUUUGUAAAGAAAAUUGCAUUCAUGUGAGAGCCAAAAGGGGACGGGCAACAAAUAGCCAUAGUCUUGCCGAAAGGGUUAGAAGAGAAAAGAUAAGUGACAGGAUGAAGAUGCUGCAAGAAUUAGUUCCCGGCUGUAAUAAGAUAACCGGGAAAGCUGUGAUGCUCGAUGAGAUUAUCAAUUAUGUUCAAUCACUACAGCAGCAAGUUGAGUUUCUGUCGAUGAAGCUCGCCAUGGUCAAACCCGACAUACGAAAUGCGCUAUCUAAAUACUAUCAAACCGAUCGAAAUAUCCUCGACGGACGGAGUUCGUCGCCCCUCCCUUUCGUCGAACAUUUUCCUCGGGAAAUAAUCGAUGGCUUUUCCGGCUCAUCGACUGCGCGGCAAUUCCAGGCUGAUCAUUCUUUACGACAGAACUUAUGGAACAGUGGUGAGCUUCAAAGUAUCGUCGAAAUGGAUCCGGAAAUGCACAUUGGGUAAACCGACCGAACCUAAUAUCUUGCAAAUUAGGUCCGACAAAGCAAAUUACACGGUAAACCUGGAGACGUUCAUCUAAUUUGGUUUUAGGUUUUGUAUUACAUACUCAUAAUUUUAUUAUUAUUUUUAUUUUAAUGGAUAAAUAAAAAUGACACCUUCAAUUGUCAAAGCUCUGAUGAACAGGAUCAGAGAGAAACUGAAUUUCAAAUCUGGUGUAAUUAUUUAAGAGCACAAUUCAAUAUAGAGACUG